GGAACUGGCGAUUUGGUGGAGGCGGUUCUAGAAUCGAGCGCAAACAGGCGCAGGCGAAGACCACCCGAACCAGUGGAACCACACUCCUCAAGACAGGCCGACCUGCCGGAGCGCGAGAGUCGAGGCGGCGGCCGGCGGCGUAGGGCAGGCCGGCAAGAUGUCGUCGGUGUAUGUGCUGGAGCCGCCGACGAAGGGGAAGGUGGUGGUGCAGACAACGGCCGGCCCGAUCGACAUCGAGCUGUGGGCCAAGGAGGCCCCCAAGGCCACGCGCAACUUCGUUCAGCUAUGCCUGGAGGGCUACUACGACGGCACCCUCUUCCACCGGGUCAUCAAGUCCUUCCUCAUCCAGGGCGGCGACCCCACUGGCUCCGGCUCCGGGGGUGAGAGCAUCUAUGGGGCACCGUUCGCUGACGAGUUCCAUUCACGUUUGAGGUUUAAUCACAGGGGUUUAUUGGCGUGUGCCAAUGCGGGGACACCUCAUUCUAAUGGAAGCCAGUUCUUUAUUACCCUUGACCGCUGUGAUUGGCUUGAUAAGAAGAAUACAAUUUUUGGGAAGGUCACUGGGGAUUCUAUCUUCAAUCUUCUGGCCUUGGCUGAUAUCGAGACUGAUAAGGAUGAUCGGCCUGUAUACCCGCAGAAAGUUCUUUCAGUCGAGGUACUCUGGAACCCAUUUGAUGAUAUAGUUCCAAGACAACUUACGAAGAUUCAGCCUGCUCCCAAGGCUGAUGCUGAGAAGAAACCAGAGAAGAAAGCUGUUAAGCAACUUAAUGUGCUCUCGUUUGGAGAUGAAGUAGAAGAGGAGGAGAAUGAGGCAGCUUCUUUUGUGAAGGACAAAAUAAAGAGUAUCCACGAUGUGCUGGAUGACCCCCGUUUUCUUAAAGUGGAACCACAGGCUGAACAACUGUCCAAGGAGGAAGAGGAGAAGAAAAAUGAAACUGUCCUAUCUAUCAGGGAGGCUUUAAUCUCGAAGAAAGCUGACUCCAGAGAGCCAGAGCAUGAUCCAGAAAAUGAUGAUUCUCCUGAAGAUGAGAAUGAGGAGGAUUUUGACAACAGGAUGCGUUCACGGAUUCUAAAAAAACGUAGAGAGCUUGGGGAUAUUCGGCAGAGUCAAUCUUCCAAGAAAGAUAAAUCUCAUCAGAAGGAUAAAGAAUUACCAGCUCACAGGAGUGAUGAUGAUGAUGAUGAUGACGACGACGACGAUGAUCAUCAAUUAUCAAAAUCAUGGAAACUAUCCUUGAAGAAAAAAGGUAUUGGCUCUGAAGCCAAUACUGAAAGGAUGUCCAGAGGAGAUGUUAAUUUGCAACUGCUAAAUCCAGCUGAACAAGAGAAACAUUUGAAAAAACAGAGAAAACGCAACCUCCAAGGCCGUGAAGAGGAGACUUUAGCAAAGUUACAGAAGUUCAAGGCUUCCUUGAUGAGUAAUAAGCCUGGUGAUACGGAAACAAAGGCAGAAGACGGUGAGGACUACAAAGAGUGGCAUGCCAACCGUCUCAGUUUCUCACCUGAAUCUUCGAAGGAUGGUAUGACUAGGAAGGAUGAUCCAAAUGACUAUGUAGUGGUUGACCCUCUUCUGGAGAAAGGAAAACAGAAGUUUAACAAGAUGCAAGCGAAGUUAAAGAAGAGAGAUCGUGAAUGGGCUGGCAGAUCUCUCACCUGAUCCCUUUUGAGAGGUGCAGCAUGCAAAAAUGUAAACCAUCAUACUAUGCAAUGCCGCUGCUGCAGUUUUGGUGUUGAGUUGGAAUCGGAAUUUGAGCAUAACAGAUGCAGGUUCGUGAUGGUAGAGUGACCAGAUAUGGACUAUUUGUACCACGGUCGAAGAAACUGUAAAUAGCAACUGUAGAAAACAUUUUGUUUAUUUACCCUUUAAGAAGGUAAAGUUACUGUAACAUCUGA